AUGGUCUACUGUGGCAAACCCUCAGCUUCCUGUUCGGAAUGUAGGAAGCGAAAAACUCGAUGUGACAAAGCCACUCCAUCAUGUGGUCAGUGUAUUCGAGCACAUCGAAUAUGCCCCGGAUACCGAAGCCAGUUGGAUCUUAUGUUCCGCAAUGAGAGCGAUACCGUGAAAGUGAAAGCUGUGAAGUCAAAGGAGGUACCGAGGGCGAAAUCGAAGAGUCCGGAACAUUCUGCUCCCAAUCCGAUAGCUGGUGAUGAAGCAUGCAGUGAUGACAACCCAGUCAACGAGGUCGUAAAGUAUUCGAAUACGCCACUGGCAAAUGACGAACUCUGCAUCAAGAGCAUGAUGCCAAAUUAUUUUAUGUUUCCUACGCUUGAGGAGAGAUCUAUCGCCCUUUUCGGUACUCUUGCUCCAACGUGGUUUCGAGCCUUCGAUCUCGUGGAAAAUCUUUGCGGUCAAGCAGUCAUCGAGGAACACUUACAGGCAAGCAUAAGUGCUGUUGGCCUGGCGGGCUUUUCCAAUACUUUCCGUGCCCCUGAAAUUAUGGCCAAAGCAAGAAGAGACUACGUCAAGGCUCUGCAACUGACAAAUCAGGCGCUCCGAUCUCCCACUGCUGCCAAGAAGGAUAGCACACUCUUCUCUGUCAUGGUCCUGAGCAUUUACGAAAUGAUAUCCGGAAACAAUGAGCGGUCUCUCGACUCUUGGACUGAGCACAUCAAGGGAGCGGCAGCAUUAAUCAAAUUCCGGGGCCAAGAGCAGUUCAAAAGUCCCGCUGGACAGAAAUUAUUCCUUCAGGCAACCGCAAAUCUAAUGCUCAGCUGUAUACAACGUACAAUACCGAUGCCAGAGCACAUUAUACAAUUGCGAAAGGAAGCCGAGAAGUUUAUGGACGUCGAUAGCCUUGGGUGGCGAGUCGCUGGGGUAAUCAUCGACUUCACCAUUUUUCGGUCGAAGGUGAGGGAUAGUGAGAUUGUCGGCCCUCGGAAUGUGGUUGAGCAGGCACUGGAACUUGACCAGCGUUUCAUUGAUGAGUUCAAAGAUCUACCCGAGGAGUGGAAGUACAUGACGCUCUACACGACUGAAAAUCCUGAUAUCGUUUGGGAUGGUCACUACCACGUCUACGGGGAAUAUUGGAUGAGCCAUGUCUGGAACGGGAUGAGGACCUGCAGGGUUCUCCUACAUGAGCUGAUCCGAGACCAAUUACUGGUCGCCUCGACUGCGAGCACCCCACUUUUCAGCGAUGAUGAAAAUGCCGUUCUGCUUGACUCUUCUGUCAAAAUCAUGCUUGAGAUGCAAGCCGACAUCCUUGGUAGUGUUCCUCACCAUACACCAUCCUUUCUGAACCAAUCCUCAUCAGGCCUGCUGGAUGGAUCGCGCAGCUACUUUGUCCUCUGGCCAUUAUUCUUGGUCGGCACCAUGGAUUUGACGACAGAGCCCAUCAGGCGCUGGGCAGCCGCUCGUCUGCGAAACAUUGGAGAGACCGUUGGAAUUCGUCAGGCUAUCGUGAUCUCGGAACUACUUACUCGGCGAGGAUUGCCCAUUGCAUGGGAUACCAAACCAACGCCACGAUUAAGGCACCACCAAGAAAGGAUACAUGCAUAUUGGAACACAGAAAAGCCGGGCGAUCCAUCCGGUCUGAUAAAAUAUAAGGAUUCCUGCGAGAUGAUGGACGAGUUUGUAAUGGGGUAA